GCUGUCCUAUCCCUGCAGGCUCAGCAGCAUGCUUGCUGGAAGUGCAAAAGCUCAUUUAAUGUAAGUUUUUACAGUGUGUAGGUGGUUGGAAAGAUUUUUGGACACACAUGUGUUCCAGACAGACUGACAGGAUGGGGGACAUCUUGGCAACCGAGGCUGAUCUUCUUGGGAUGAUAAAGGAGUUCCUUAAGUUUGAAGACUUUGAAGAUACUAUUCAUAGUUUCGACAAGGAGUGCAAAAGCAAAGGCAAGCUGGUGUCAAAGCCUCAGGGAAGUGCUCUCAGAGACUCCAAGACUCUUAACAUUCAGAAAGAUCUCCUGAGUUCUUUUGAUGAUGGAGACCACAAAGUGUUCUUUGAACUGUGGAUGGAAAAUAUUCCCUCUGAGGUAAAAGACACAGACCCUGAGGCCCAGAGCCUUGAGUUCUACCUUCACAUCCACUUCACCAUCUACCCACUGAGGAGGCACCCAGGCAGACAUGACCGAGCUGAGUUUGAGGAGAGGAUUUCCUUCUUCAAGCAGUACCUGGAGACUCGUGGAGCAGCACUAAGUCAGACCACGAAGUUUCUUCCUUACUAUGCCUUGCCUUUCGUUCCCAACCCCACUGUCCACCCUUCAUUCAAGGAUCUUUUCCAGGAUUCAUGGAUACCACAGUUGAAGGAUAAGCUGGAGCAUUUCUUAUCGGUGACACUAAAGCCGUCCAACACCCCGAGGCUGCUGAACUUAUAUAAGGAGGGAGGAAGGAGUACUAAAGACACAAUUCAACAGUUACAGCUCCAGCUCGUCGAAUCAGACCGGCGCAUCGCUAGCUACGUACGGAAGUACAGCAAGAUGCAGGCCGACUACCACAACCUGAUUGGAAUCACUGCUGAGCUGGUCGACUCAUUGGAGGCUACUGUCAGCGGAAAAAUGAUCUCCCCUGAGUACCUGCAGAGUGUGUGUGUUCGCCUGUUCAGCAGCCAGAUGAGACAGAGCGUGGUGCAGAGCACUGACUUCACCAGACCGGGCACUGGAUAUUACUCUAUGAGUCCCUAUGAUGAUGGAUAUGCCUCCUCAAUGCUACGAGCAUCCAUAGCACCACCGAGAUCUAAGGAGGUGCCGAUGCUUCCCUCACUGGACUAUGUGAAGCUGAAGAAAGACCUGUGUGAAGGUCCAGACAGACUCAGGUCCCUGCUGCUCCAGGCUCUGCGCUGGAGACUGACUCGCUCGCUCCCGGGUGAACAGAGAGACACGGUGCUCCAGGCUUAUAUCAGUAAUGACGUGCUGGAGCACUACAGCACAAAACAGCCUCCAGCCAUAGGGCGCCAUAUUCAGGACACAAACCCUUUACAGAAAGGAAAAAGUGUGCUUCAUUUAAUGAGAUCCAAGUCCGAGAUCGUCCGCCAGUACAUGGCUCGCCUCAUCAAUGCAUUCGCUUCUCUAGCAGAGGGUCGUGUUUACCUUUCCCAAACCCCCAUUCUACUGAAACUUCUGACGGAGGCACUAAGGACAGAGGAAAAAGAAUCUCUGACGAGAGAGAAUGUGCUAGUGGCUCUGCAGAGACUCAGCCUCAGGAGGAGUCAGCAAACCCCCAUGAUCGCAGACGAUCUGAUUGGCUGGCUGGUGGAUGAGCUGCAGGAUUCAGACUGCCUGAGCGACUACACGCUGGAGUACGCUGCCGCUCUGCUCAUGAACCUGUGUCUGCGAACUAAAGGAAAAAGGAAGUGUGCAGAGAACGCCAAGCAUGUGCUAAAGGUUCUAACUGACCUCCUUGGACACGAGAACCAUGAGAUUCAUCCGUACGUGAAUGGAGCCCUGUACAGUAUCCUGUGUAUUCCCUCUGUGAGACAGGAAGCCAAAGAGAUGAGUGUAGAGGAGAUCCUCCGCUGCUACAGCAAGGAGGAGAACCCGGACCUCAACAGGCAGAUUGAGUUCAUCAUUAAACAGCUGAACUCAGCUGAAGAAGAGGGACCAGAGUCAGACGACGAAGAAGAGGAGGACGACAACGAUGAGGACUUAAUGGAGGCAGACCUCGAUACAGAGGAAGUUCUCCAACCGCAGCCCAGGGAACUGUGUGGGGAGAGUCUGCUGACAACAGAGUACCUUGGAAUUAUGACCAACAUGGCAAAAUCAAAGAGGAAGACGAGCCCUCUGCAGCGACCGAGCAUUGAUGAACCCCUGCAACGGCCAGUCACCCCCAGUUCUCAUCGCAAUGUCGGUGCAGUGGAUUAUCGAUCCGGCGAGGGAGGAAGCCUCUCACCAUCCCGACACAACUCCCGACCUCCUUCACGCUCUGGCAGUCGCCCCAGCACCGCUGACUCCUUACGCCACAGCAUCGAUUCUGAAUGUGGCCGGUUGUCCCAGGAGUCAGAGUUGGAAGGGCCAUAUGAAGGGCGAGCCAGAAAAGGACACUCCCAGGAGGAACACAACGGACACACUGCCAGUGGGGAGUAUAGCUUUGCAUUUGAAAGCCAGCCCAAGACUCCCCGAACGCCUGACUCAGCAGCCAGCCAGAACAGUGCUAACCGGGCUCGGAGUCUGACUCUGGCACCCCAGUUCUCCCAGGCGGAGCCACAGCAGAGCAGCCGGCCUGGGUCUGCCAGCUCUGGAGGAGGAGGAGGAGGAGGAGGAGGAGGAGGAGGAGGGGGACGACAGAGUGGAAGCAGCCAGUUGAAGAGGCGGUGAAGAGGGAGCUGUCACCAUGGUACAGCACUAUCUCCCCCGGAGCAUCAGGCUUCCUGUAACAUCAUCCCCCCAGGUUGCAAACAGGGUCAGAGCAACAGAGAUGGUCGAGGAGAGGGAGGAGAAGGAGGUGGAGGAGGGGACUGAACAAUGUGAAGGAUUGUCGCUCUGCAUUUUUGCCUCCCCCUCCUCCCCUUCUGCUUCAGCACAGACUUCUUCUGCAACAUGAUCUAAAGUCAGACAAUAAUCACAACCCCCCCAGGUGAUGGCUGGCACACCUUCAUAUGUGCAGCAUCCUCCAGACAAGGCAAAGUUUAUGUUAUACAAGAUGUGUAUAUUCUAAUUUCAAAGUGGAGACCUGAAAACAAGAUACUUCUCAAUUCUCCAUCUUACUUUGUGGUUUUCUGGCAUAAGCACAUUCCUCUACAUUACCUCAGCAUCACUGGGGUGAAACCGAGACUCACAGACGUGAUGAUUCCUUAAAGUCCAGACAUAAGCCCACUAAGGUUAAAUAAUCUUUCUUUAAUUUUAACAAUUAACGCAAGUAAUGCAACGCUUAGCUAGGUCUGUCUUUUUCUUUGAAUUGAUUGUACAGAUAUUUCUAAAAAGGGAUUCUCUUCUUGAUAUCACAAAUCUAUAAAUGGUAUGAAUUUCAAUACGUACUGCAGAUAGAUUUUUGACCUGGGUGGAAAAUAUCCAUCCACAUGAAUAAAUAAUUGUACAAGCGUCACUUUGAAAAUAAAACAUGAUGUCAUAUUAGAGUAGCUGCUCUUGUUUUAACUCCAGAAUUGUUUAGAAAAAAAGACUCAGGCCUUGGCUUGAGUUGUCAGGCUGCUGCAUGUUUUUGAAAGAUAUUCAGAACUGCUUAUUGUUGUUUCUAUACAUUUACCAUCCAGAUAACUUGAAUUUGUGUGUCUUAAAUCCAGCAUGAUUGCAUUGUACAUUUGCACUGUUUUCUAGGUGUGGUGGUGUUCGCUAUAUUUAUGUCAACAUGCUACAGUUAGGCUGUAAUGUGUUUUUGUUGUAAUUGAUUUUGAUACUUUGACGUGGUUUUGAAUAAACUUGUGACAUGUCA